UAUUGGUGCGUCACUGAAAACAUUCCCCCUCUUCUCAGGCGCUCGUCCGCACUUAGUACCAGAGCUCUUCUUGCAGACCUCGGAACCAAUCCGUUGUUUAUAUCGUCGACUUCUUGCCGGGGGCGGGGGACACUUUGAAAGAAAACAGGCAACGAAAAUUCUCAAUAACCAGGAAGAAUCAACUAUCAACUCCGCUGAACACAUUUCCACCAGAACUGAUUUUGAAUCCAUGUCUCAAGAAGAGAAAAAAUCAGAACAAAGUUAUUCAACACUGGAGACUGCUGGAGGAGACAUUAAGGAUGCCAGACAUCAGUAUGAAGGAGCCGUAGUGAUUCUUGAUGCAGGAGCACAGUAUGGAAAAGUAAUUGACAGGCGUGUUAGAGAACUUUCUGUACAGUCAGAAAUCCUGCCACUUGAGACACCUGCGUUUGCAAUCAAAGAGAAUGGUUUUCGAGCUAUCAUCAUAUCUGGGGGGCCAAGUUCUGUGUAUGCAGAGGAUGCUCCGUGGUUUGAUCCAGCAAUAUUUACAAUUGGCAAGCCAGUCCUUGGAAUCUGCUAUGGAAUGCAGAUGAUGAAUAAAGUUUUUGGAGGUACAGUACACAGAAAGAACGUGAGAGAAGAUGGCCUGUUCACAGUAAAUGUGGACAAUAGCUGUUCACUGUUCAGAGGUCUCCAGAAAGAUGAACUUGUUUUGCUCACUCAUGGUGACAGUGUGGACAAGGUGGCAGAAGGAUUCAAAGUUGUUGCACAAUCUGGAAACAUUGCAGCAGCAAUUGCGAAUGAAUCCAAGAAACUCUAUGGUGUUCAGUUCCACCCAGAAGUGGAUUUGACAGAGCAUGGGAGAGAUAUUUUGAAGAAUUUCUUGUUUGAUAUUGCUGGAUGCAGUGGGACAUUCACAGUCCAGAGCAGAGAAGUAGAAUGCAUCAGAGAAAUACAAAAGAAAGUAGGACAUUCCAAAGUUCUGGUACUACUAAGUGGUGGAGUAGAUUCUACAGUGUGUACAGCUUUAUUGAAUAAGGCUUUGAACCAAGAUCAAGUAAUAGCUGUUCACAUAGACAAUGGUUUCAUGCGAAAAAGAGAGAGCCAAUCUGUUGAGGAAGCCUUGAAGAAACUUGGUAUUAAAGUCAAAGUGGUCAAUGCAGCACAUGCAUUCUACAAUGGUACAACAACUCUGCCAAUUUCAGAAGAAGACAGAACUCCCAGAAAGAGAAUAAGUAAGACCCUGAAUAUGACGACAAAUCCUGAAGAAAAAAGAAAAAUAAUAGGAGAUACUUUUGUGAAGAUUGCAAAUGAGGUAAUUGGAGAAAUGAACCUGAAGCCUGAAGAAGUGUAUCUUGCUCAAGGUACUUUGAGGCCAGAUUUAAUUGAAAGUGCUUCCUUAGAGGCGAGUGGGAAAGCUGAUGUCAUCAAAACUCAUCACAACGAUACAGAACUGAUAAGAAAAUUGAGGGAAGAGGGUAAAGUGAUUGAGCCCCUAAAAGACUUUCACAAGGAUGAAGUGAGAGCAUUAGGCAGAGAGCUGGGUCUUCCUGAAGAUGUAGUUUUGAGGCACCCGUUCCCAGGACCUGGUCUUGCUAUUAGAAUAAUCUGUGCUGAUGAGCCUUACAUUUGCAAAGACUUUGCGGAAACUAAUAACAUUUUGAAAAUAGUUGCUGAUUUCUCUGCAAGUGUAAAAAAGCCACACACACUAUUGCAAAGGGUCAAGUCCUGUACAAGUGAUGAAGAACAAGAAAAGUUGAUGCAAAUUACAAGCCUGCAUUCACUUAGUGCUUUUCUUCUGCCAAUUAAAACUGUUGGCGUACAGGGUGACUGUAGGACGUAUAGUUAUGUUUGUGGCUUAUCUAGUAAAGAUCAACCGCACUGGGAUUCCUUCAUGUUCCUAGCCCGACUUAUCCCACGAAUGUGUCAUAAUAUUAACAGGGUUGUGUAUAUUUUUGGACCACAGAUUCGAGAACCUAUAACAGAUGUAACACCAACUUUCCUAACAACAGGAGUGCUUAGUACGCUCCGGCAAGCUGACUUUGAGGCGCAUAACAUUCUGAGAGAGUCUGGUUACUCUGCGAAAAUUAGUCAGAUGCCAAUUGUUUUAACACCGCUGCAUUUUGACCGUGACCCACUGCAGAAGCAGCCCUCUUGUCAGAGAUCUGUGGUAAUUCGAACCUUCAUUACAAAUGAUUUCAUGACUGGCAUCUCAGCAACUCCUGGCAAUCACAUUCCUGAAGAGGUCAUUUUAAAAAUGGUGAGAGAAAUCAAGAAGAUACCUGGAAUUUCCCGUGUCAUGUAUGACUUGACUUCAAAACCACCUGGAACUACGGAAUGGGAGUGAAUGAAAUUUUUUUUUGUGAAAACAUUCCCAAUGUUAACAGUAAAGUGGAAGUGUGACUGGAGCUGUUACUUUGCACCUUUUUUUUUUGUCAUCCUUUCCUUUGCCGUCCCCAGAGCCUACUGUGUAAUUCAGUAUUUGGCAAGGAUAUAUUUUAAUGGGUUAAAAAAAGUACGGGUAAGGGAUUCAUCAUUAGGUUGUCCUGGUAAAAUUGUGAAGCCUUUGCCAAUUUUUUUUAAUGCCCUUUAUAGUUCAAUUCGUCUGGUGUUUUGUACUUUCUAAGACAGUUCAUUUGCAGUACAUUAACUAAGCCAUUACCAGUAUGUCAUUGUAAAGCUCAAUUAUUGAUGUGACCAACUUUUUUUUUUUAAAAGAGAUCUUACAAAUAUUUUGCCAAAUGGAUAGGUUGUAUCGAACUCUGUUGGCAAGUUUCGAUGUAUUUCAGUAUGUUUAAAGUUUUUUGUGACAGUUUAUAAUUGUAUUGUUCUGAAUGAACAAAUUACCAGCAGUUUGGCUUUAUCACAUCAGUCUUGGAGACUGUACAAAAUGAUUAGAAUGAAUGCAGUAGUGAUUGUCAUGGCCAAAAGAACACUCAAAGGGUUUUAGUUCUGCCAAAAAUCUUGAUCAUAUAUAUGCUUUUGGAUAUUAGCAGCCAACUGUGUACUGUACAUAUUUCCUAAUUUGCAUGUGAGCCAAAAUUUUAUUUGAAGGAUAAGAGGACUAGGGUUUUCCAAAGGCAGCAUUUUUAAUGUAUCAUUUGAUAAUUUUAUAUAUCUAUUUUAUUAACUGACUACCAUAAUUUCAUUGUGAAAUAUUUUCACUUUGCUAUUUACCUAGCUAUCAGUUUAUCAAUACAAUGUAUGGUUAUUAAUUGUUGCCUUAAUUUGAUCACCUCUAUCCCACACGUUCAGAAAAUGUAAUUUAUAAUUGUAUACUUUUGUCAAAAUAAUAAAUUGAUAAGACAUACCUCAAGUUCUGAAAUUUCCAUGCAGGAGUAACUUGUCAGUGGUGCAAUGUAAGAAAUUUUGGGUUUUGAGCUUACUACAGAUGCAUUCAUGAAAGUCUAGUCUGACAAUAUUUUUUUCCAACUUUUUUCAUUAAUCCCAAUCAGUCAUUCAGAAUUUUUGCAAGCUGAGCUCAGUCCAACUACUUUAAUGCUUGUAUAUCUAAUUUAUCCAAAUUGUAUGUAUAGAAAUAAACACUUUCUUCUUUGCAUCUCAUCUUAAACAUCCUAAUUUCUGAGUGUUGGAAACAAAUGUUUCAGUGAAGAUGCAGACUCUGUGGCACAUUGGAUGACCAGAUCACUUCACUUGAGUGGUUUAACAAAGUGCAGCUAGCGGACCUAACAUCGUUUUCGUUUGAAAGGUAUUUUCUUGCUUCACUUUGUAGCUACUUGCAGGAACUUUUUAUGCCAUUAAAAGACUUCAUUAUCAAUACCUGAUGCCUGAACGAUGUGUUUACUAUAUUGCCAUUUUGGAAUUGAAAUUCCAAACAACUUGGUUAUGUAUUAUGCAUUAGAUACAGCAGUUGAUAAAUUUUUAUUUGAAACAUCGUUUUCAACAUUGCUGAAAAAAAAUUAGAGCCAAAAGUCCUUCAGUGAAAUUUAUGGUACAUUGCUCCUCUAUACAAAAACAAAUGCCUAAAUUACAUUUUGUCAGAUUGGUACGGAAUUUUUUCGGGUAAAGUAAAGCCCCUUGUUUACAAUUUAUGCUUGGCAUAAAGUAAGAUUUUUUUUAAACUUUCAAGUUUCAUGGUACUGAUGUUGAGAAAAAAUGUGAAAUUUGAAAUUGAAAUACAUGAACAUUGCCGUUCAUUCUGUGAUCUCCUUGUUAAAAUUAUUAACUGGAACAGACUCUGUCUCCUUUUCAAGAACCCUUAUAGGUACAGACCAAGAAAAUGAGUAUUUUUGAAAGUGGAAUUGGUAUUUUUGAAAUAUUAGUGGAAGAUGCAUCAGUUUUUUAAUUUCCUUUCCACACCUUUGCUGGUAACAAAUCUUGAUAUCAGCAUUCAAGUCAUUUAAGCGACUUCAGUCGAUGUAUAAAUAUAUACAUAGAUACUGCUGUAAAUUUUUUUAGUAAUUCAUUUUCUUGCAUGCACGUUUCCUAUCUCUGUUUAUUGUUGGGCCUCAAUAAAGUAUGGAAUUAAAUUC